AUGGAGGAAUAUUAUCGACUGAACUAUUCGAUUCAAUGUAAAGAUUCACAUUUCAAUUUUUUUGAUAGCUAUACAUUCCCAGAAAUAUUCGGAAGAGUUCUUGGUUUCAUAGUUAUUCCAGUUGAUUUCUUCGGUGUGUUUUGUGUUAUCAAAAAAACACCAAUCAAAUUCAAGACAAUGCGAAAUUGUCUUUUAUAUUUACAGUUUCUGUAAGUUUAUUCAAAACAAUUUGAUAAAUCUUCAUGUUUGAAUAAUUUACAGUAUAAUUUUUCUUGAUCUUCUUCUCACAUUUUUCAUGACACCUUUUGUAUUUUUUCCUGCUUGCGCUGGUUUUACAAUCGGAUUUUUUCACGAUUGGAAUGUUCCAAUGGCUUUUCAAACAUUUAUUGCAAUUGUUGCUGUGAGUAUGAUGAAUUUAACUAUGCCAAUUAUUUUUGAAAAUCGUCAUAACACUAUUGUUCGUGGAAAAUUCAGAAUAACUCGACGAAUAAGUCGUUUCAUGUUUUAUCUUAUCAAUAUUUCACUUCCAACAAUUGUACAGUAUCCCGUGUUUAUUUCAAUUCCUGAUCAAGAACAUGCAGCUCUAGCUGUUUUGAAGGUAACUUUAGUCUGAAAAUUAUUUCGAUUUUUGAUCUUCUGUUUUCAGUUGAUACCUUGCCCAAUUGAAGAAUAUUUUAAACAAUCAAUAUUUGUUCUAAAUAUUGAAAAUACAACAGCUUUGAUUUGUUUGAGUAUAACAUUGUUAACUGGAGUUGGACAAAUGAUCAUUUUCUCAACUCAUUCAAUGUAUCAUCUUCGAAAAAUGCAUAACUUUGCAUCGAAAAAUACUCAAAAAUUACAAAAAUCAGUUUUUUUCUCAUUAUGUGCACAAUUAUCAAUAUCAACUUCAAUCCUUGUUGUUCCACUUUCUUAUAUUUGGUACUCAAUUCACAUGACUUACUAUAAUCAAGGUUUGUUUCUUUGAUUGAUAUCAUUUUGAAAAACAUCUGUCAAUUUUCAGCUUUGAGUAACUUUUGUUUUUUUCUCAUUGCUUUGCAUGGCUGUUUUGCUACAGUUGUGAUGUUAUUAUGUCACAAAUAUUAUCGACUUUUUAUUGUUUCGAUUUUCAAAAGAGAUUUCAAACAAAACUCGAGAAUGUUCCACAGUACUUCAAGUGGAUUACAUUCUCGAGCAUUUUAUGAAUAA